UUUGUUACUUGGUCUCUUGGCGUAUUCCUCUCCCGUUUCUAUAGGCAAAGUUUGUGAAGCCACAGAGUCCUAGACAUGACGUGUUGAUUUCCGACCACACAUACAAACACCUAAAAUGUUGCAACCACCUUUGAAACACUGUCUAUUCUCUUUGCAAAAGAAACCAAAAGAGAAAAGAGAAAAGAGAAAAAACCUGUCACUAACCGCGACUUCCAAGUUAAAACUAAAUAAUAAUCAACGUAGACAUAGUUUUUCUAUCCAGACGCAGUUAACACCAUAGAAUCUCGAUCAAAGCCAUUCACUGCCAAUGCUUUCUCCCUCAAGCGUUCAUCUCUUGGAAGCAAUAACUAAAGGACAGAAGGGAAACGAAAGGAUCAUCGUCUGCAGAUAAUACAAAGAAGAAGACAAGAAAGACUCAAGUUGCAAAUUAGAGAUUGAAGUCACCUAUGGUGUAUAAUAAUUGACUCAAGUGGCUUAUAUUCUGAAGCUGACGUUCUGUUUUGAGCAUAUAUGACUUCUGUGAUUGUACAGUGGAAAUUUUGACAUAACGUAAUGGAUUUCGGUGAAGGUUACGUAUCAAAUGAGCAUCGCGAGCUUCAUCGAUCUGCAACAGAAAGUGCAGAUCCAUUAUCUGUUUCUCCAUUGCAGCUUUCACCUAAGUCAUCACGAUCUCAAAAAUCUCCAAGGUCCCCUAAAACUCCUAGGUCUCCACAAUCUCCAAGGUCCCCAAAGGUGCAGGGCAAGUGCAGCAAUCUAAGUCCAAGGAGUCAUAGACAAUCAUAUUUCCAAAAAGAUGGACGUCCAAAGAAAGGUGGUUCUGGGGGAAAAGGCACCUGGGGUGGAUUGCUUGAUACAGAUGACACAAAUGUUCUUGAUCCUAAUGAUCCAAACUAUGACAGCAGUGAGGAAUUAGACCAUUCAAAUGAAAAGAAACCGAUGACAGAUCUUGACAACUACAAGAAAAAAGCUACAAUAAUAGUGGAGGAAUAUUUUGCCACUGAUGAUGUUGUUGCAACAAUGAAUGAAGUUAAAGAAUUGGGAAAACCACAGUAUGGCUACUAUUUUGUCAAAAAACUUGUCUCUAUGUCCAUGGACAGACAUGACAAAGAAAAAGAAAUGGCUGCUAUUCUGUUAUCUGCACUUUAUGCCGACGUACUUGAUCCUUCACAAGUUUACAAAGGCUUCAGCAAAUUAGUUGACUCAGCAGAUGACUUGAUUGUAGAUAUACCAGACACAGUUGAAGUUCUAGCUCUUUUCAUAGCUCGAGCUGUGGUUGAUGACAUACUUCCUCCUGCAUUUUUGAAGAAGCACAUGGCCUACUUACCCAAAGAUUCAAAAGGGGUUGAGGUCUUGAAAAAAACUGAGAAAAGCUAUCUAGCUGCCCCUCUGCAUGCGGAAAUCAUAGAGCGAUGCUGGGGUGGAAGUAAGAAUACCACAGUUGAUGAUGUUAAAGCCAAGAUAAACAAUUUUUUGAAGGAGUAUGUUGGAAGUGGUGACAAGAAAGAAGCCUUCAGAUGCAUCAAAGAUUUGAAAGUUCCUUUUUUCCAUCACGAAAUAGUGAAGCGGGCACUUAUAAUGGCAAUGGAGAGACGUCAAGCAGAAUCCCCACUGUUAGACCUGUUGAGGGCAGCAGCUGAAGAAGGUUUCAUUAACUCCAGCCAAAUGUCUAAAGGUUUCGGUCGGUUGAUUGACACUGUUGACGACUUAUCACUUGACAUACCAGAUGCACGUGGAAUACUACAGAAACUGAUGUCUAAAGCAGCAUCUGAGGGUUGGUUAUGUGUGUCAUCUUUGAAAUCACUUUCAGUGGAGCCUGAAAAGAACACCAUAGAAGAUAGUGCUGCCAAAAGUUUCAAGGUAAAGACUCAGUCUAUCAUUCAAGAGUACUUCUUAUCGGGUGAUAUAUUGGAGGUAAAUAGCUGUCUAGAACAAGAAAACAGCAAGAACUGUGCUGCACUCAAUGCAAUCUUUGUUAAAAAACUGAUAACUCUGGCAAUGGAUAGGAAGAAUAGAGAGAAGGAAAUGGCUUCUGUGUUGCUGUCGUCUUUGUGCUUCCCAGCCGAUGAUGUAGUGAGUGGUUUUGUAAUGUUGAUAGAGUCAGCAGAUGAUACUGCUCUCGACAAUCCUGUUGUUGUCGAGGAUCUUGCUAUGUUUCUAGCUAGAGCAGUGGUGGAUGAAGUCCUAGCCCCACAACACCUUGAAGAGAUUGGAGCACAGAGUUUGGGACCAGGUUCAAUUGGGAGCAAAGUGCUUCAAAUGACAAAGUCAUUGCUAAAGGCAAGACUUGCCGGGGAGCGAAUCUUAAGAUGUUGGGGUGGUGGAGGGAGUAGCAGGCCUGGAUGGGCAUUUGAGGAUGUCAAGGACAUGAUUGGGAAGCUGUUGGAGGAGUAUGAGUCUGGAGGCGAGAUAAGGGAGGCAUGUCGCUGCAUGAAAGAGUUAGGAAUGCCAUUUUUCCAUCAUGAGGUUGUUAAGAAGGCUUUGGUGACAACCAUUGAAAAGAAGAAUGAGAGGUUGUGGGGUUUACUCAAGGAGUGCUUUGAAUCAGGACUAAUAACCAUGAAUCAAAUGGUGAAGGGUUUUGGAAGGGUUGCUGAAUCUCUUGAUGACUUGGCCUUGGAUGUCCCUGAUGCUAAAAAUCAGUUUGCAUGCUAUUUUGAAAGAGCAAAGGCCAAUGGAUGGUUGGACAAUUCAUUUUGUUUCAGCAAACAGGAACAUGCAACAGAGAAUGGCACUCACUAAUAAUAAUGUGGGAAAUCAUCAGAAACACUACUUUUGCUUUAUCUCUUUUUCCAAAUCUACACUUGAAUCAAAUGCAUACACAUGCAGACAUCAAUUGGCCUGCCUAUGCAAGCACAACUACAUUACUAGCCUUGUAGAGAACUUGAAAUUUCUGUUUGGUUUCUUCUCAGAUGCUCCUUUACCACUGGAGCUUACAGAA